AAGAGCAGACGGUUCCACAGACACACACGUGUGGUGCUUGUGGACACCUCGGGCCAGCAUCGGUCCCAAAAACAAGAGCACACCAGGGAUUGUUGACUCAAACCAGAUAAACACCUGACUCUAAAUAGAAAGUUGACAGUUUUGCGGCGUUUACUGUCAUUAAGUGCAGUGAAGACUGAAGCUCGGAGGAGAACAGCGCUUACCGGGCUGCACAGACACUCCUGAAAACAGAUUCAGUGACAAUUUGGACUUUGUAUUAACUAUGGCGGACUAUUUAAUCAGCGGACAAACAGGUUACGUGCCCGACGACGGACUUACAGGACAGCAGCUCUUCAACUCUGGAGACGGCCUUACCUACAAUGAUUUCCUGAUUUUGCCUGGGUACAUUGACUUCACAGCUGACCAGGUGGACCUGACAUCAGCCCUGACCAAACAGAUCACAAUGAAAACCCCACUGAUCUCGUCGCCUAUGGAUACAGUCACAGAGUCUGGCAUGGCCAUUGCUAUGGCGCUUACCGGUGGGAUUGGCUUCAUUCACCAUAACUGCACUCCAGAGUUCCAGGCUAAUGAAGUCCGCAAAGUCAAAAGAUACGAGCAGGGUUUCAUCACGGAUCCAGUGGUGAUGAGUCCUAAUGAACGGGUAAGAGACGUCUUUCAGGCUAAGGCUCGACAUGGAUUCUGUGGGAUCCCGAUUACAGACAAUGGACAGAUGGGUGGACGGCUGGUCGGCAUCAUUUCAUCUCGCGAUAUCGAUUUCCUCAAAGAGUCGGAGCAUGACCUGCCCCUCAGUGAGGUCAUGACUAAGAGGGAGGAUCUGGUUGUAGCUCCAGCAGGAGUGACACUGAAAGAGGCCAAUGAAAUCCUUCAGAGGAGCAAGAAAGAUGAAAUUUAUUCCUGUGGUGGUAAAACUGAGUUUUCAGCAGUCAUUACUCCAUUUUCAGGUAAGCUUCCUAUAGUAAACGAGGAGGGCUGUCUGGUGGCCAUCAUCGCACGGACGGACCUGAAGAAGAACAGAGAUUUUCCUCUGGCCUCUAAAGAUUCCCGUAAACAGCUUCUUUGUGGUGCUGCCAUCGGAACACACAAUGAUGACAAAUACAGACUGGACCUGCUGGCACAGGCUGGUGUAGAUGUGGUCGUCCUUGACUCUUCCCAAGGCAAUUCCAUCUUUCAGAUAAAUAUGAUCAAGUACAUAAAAGAGAAAUAUCCCAAUGUACAGGUCAUCGGAGGCAACGUGGUGACUGCAGCGCAGGCAAAGAAUCUUAUUGAUGCCGGUGCAGAUGCUCUGAGAGUAGGAAUGGGCAGCGGCUCCAUCUGCAUCACACAAGAAGCACCUCUCAGUAUUCCUCCUGGUAUAAAGCUCCACAGCCCCAAAACCCCAACUACUGUUACGGGAUACUCCAUGCUGGCGUGUGGGAGGCCACAGGCGACGGCCGUGUAUAAGGUAUCAGAAUAUGCUCGGCGGUUUGGUGUGCCCGUCAUCGCAGAUGGGGGAAUUCAGACAGUUGGACAUAUUGCCAAAGCACUGGCCCUUGGAGCAUCUACAGUAAUGAUGGGGUCAUUGCUCGCUGCCACUUCUGAAGCUCCUGGUGAAUAUUUCUUUUCGGAUGGCAUCCGUCUGAAGAAAUACAGAGGGAUGGGCUCACUGGACGCCAUGGACAAAAACCUGGGCUCACAGACAAGAUACUUCAGUGAGAGUGAUAAGAUCAAAGUCGCACAGGGGGUUUCAGGGGCAGUUCAGGAUAAGGGCUCCAUCCAUAAGUUUGUUCCAUAUCUCCUGGUUGGCAUUCAGCAUUCCUGCCAAGACAUCGGUGCAAAGAGCCUCACACAGCUGAGGGCAAUGAUGUAUUCUGGUGAACUGAGGUUUGAAAAGAGGACAAUGUCUGCUCAGAUGGAGGGUGGAGUGCACAGCCUACACAGCUAUGAGAAGCGCCUGUUUUAAAAAAGACACUCCAGAUGCCAGUCAUGCACAGGCAAAUGCACAUAAAGCCCAAGUAAUGGACUCUACCACACGUGCUUCUGCACAUACAGCCACCCGAACGCACAGAGAACCUCAGCUUCCUCUUUCUCGUUUUCCCAGCCGCCUUUCCUCUUUGCACAGAGAGAAACCAUGUGUGAAUGUCCGUCAGCAUAUGCCAAUAUAUGUGAACGUGUACGUUUAUUGGAAGAUCAUGCCGUCUGCUGUUUGUAUCAGAUGCCCUACAUGUCAAAGAAAUAUCAUUUGACCGCUUUUGUUGGGAAAUAUAUAUAUUUUUUGGCCACUGA